AUUUGGCUUGUUUCUGUCAAAUUCUCACAUCAAAUCAAAGCCAUGCUACUUGUCAACAGGGGCUGCUUUAGACCCAUGUGUUUAACCAGCUCCAUGAUCACCAGGUUGUGUUUCCAUUAUUGGUAAGGCAGGGCUGCAAGCUUCCACAAGGUAGAGCUUGAAUUCACCUGCUUGCUAUUACUCAAGUUGCUUAGAGAUCACAAACACCCUGGCCUCAAGAUGUGUGGCUGCAGAGCCAGCGUCUCCAAUACAAAGCAGUGCUUGGACAAUAACCCAGCUCCUGCAUCUACCAAAAAGAGCCCUUUGGCUGCAGCAGAUAUGUCCAAGUGCAUACCCAUAGCCAAGCAGCUGGCAUCAAUAAAAGCUCUAGGAAAAGGCUCAGACCUUGAGAAAGCUUUCGCUACACUGGCUUUGGUGUAUAACAACUCUGCUGAUCCGGAGGGCAAGCUCAGCAAAGGUGAAACAAAAAGCUUGCUGCAAACCCAGUUUGGGGGUUUCAUACAGGGCCAAGAAAACAAACCAAAAUACCAGGAAAUCAUUUCUGCCCUGGAUGAGGAGCCAGAGAACAAAAUUGAUUUUGAAGACUUCAUGAUCUUGUUAGUCAGCCUCACUCUAAUGUCUGACCUGCUGCAGCAGAUCAGAAACAUGAAAACCACAAAAUGAGCAGUGCUUUAGGAGAAGAAAGGGCUUGGUGCUUCAUAAGGAAAGCAGGCAUGAAGCACAAGCAGAGAUAACGCUGAGUGCCUGGAUACUCUGUGCUGAUCCCUUUAUACGGAAUAAAGUCUUGUCCAAACCUGGCUGAUCUCACUCCUCUAUACAAAUGAUCCAUGGAGUGAAAUGUUGGUGCUAAGGGCUUCAUGUACAUGCUCUGGGAUGGCGUGCUGACUGGAUCUCAGUGGGUCCUGAGGCCCCAACACCAGUUACCAUCAGGGUGCUGCCCCUAGCCCAGCUUAAUGCUGGGGAAAGGCAGCCUGUGCUCUCCCAGACCUCUCCAUCUCCCACCCCAUUGUGGGGAGAUGAUGGGGGGAAACUGCCUCAAAAACAUGCAGCUCCAUCUCUCUUCAGGACACAGCAUUCACGCCAUGGCCAGUCAGCUUCCCAGGACUUUGUAACCCCAGCCCUGAGAGAGUGAUACCAGGGAUGGGUUUCACAAUUGGUAGCAACCACAAAUCUAUUACAGCCUUCAGUAAAUAAUGACUUCAUCCCAUAUGAUUUGCAACCCAUCACUGACCCUCCUGAGAGAAGUAUUUAUGUGUGUUUAUUUCCUCUUCCAGCUCACCUUUUCAUUGAGUGAUCGCCAUGGGAGGAAUUUCAGGUCCAGCAUUUGCAGUGCUGUGCUUGCACCAGCAUUGAAGGGAUGAUUUAGUUAAACAUGUCAGUCAGCUGAGCCUGUUGUUUCAUCAGACUGUGAAGAGGACAAACCAGAUAAGAUAAGAGUGGCCCAGACUAAUGAUGGUGAGGAAUAAAUGUGGCCAAUAAUGUAUUUGUAUUGGAGCUGAGUGAUAAUUGGGUACCCAGCCAUGGGCUUGGUGAAUGCCAGAGCCUCAGUAUUAAAUGGUCACCAUCCUAAUCUUUGUUUUGACUCCUAGCUGAGAGAUCCCAGCUCAGACCUAACAUUUAGCCCAAUGACAUCCCUUUGAUGCACAAAAAGCGAUCUCUUAUGCCGGGAAUAGGAUGUCUUCUGUAAGAAUUUAACAAGCCUCUACUAAGACAGCUGAGUGAGCCAGCGAGACAUUGCAACCAUUUUCCAUGUCUCUUCUUCCUUGUCUGGAAAGGAGAAGACAAAUGAUUUAGCUUUGGUGCAUAAUUUUUUUAAGAGGAAGGGAUCAAAAGCAUUGGUGUUAAAUGAGGGGAAUUAUUGCCAGCUGAGUAACAAGGUUUAACUUCUUGACAUAAAAAGGCUCUUAGUGUUCCCAGAAGCUAAGAGGAUGCUUUGUAAUGGAUUUUGGUGCAAAGGAAAGGCAGCAGGAGGCCAGCAGCCAGUUCUUUUGAGAAAGAUGGGUUAUUUCUUUGUGCUGCAUUGGAUGGAGCUGAGAGAAGAAAUGCAAAUGGAUGCUGUGCGGUUUGAAACAAAGCUCAGUAGCUAAGGUGCUGCUCCACGAGGCUUGGCCUCAGCCAGGACAUGGCUAAACAUUCACAAAUGGCCCUCCUACAAAUAAAACCUCGUAUCAACCAAGUCCCUUGCUCUGAUGGUGAGUGCAAGAAUAGCAGUAUCAAACCUCUGGCAAGAAGUGACAGAACCCACAAGCAGCCAUUUGCUUGGUCAUAGACACAUCUCUCCCACAAACCUUGCACUGAGGGACUGGUGAACCUGUGUUGUGAGGAUGGCUGACCCCAUGAGGUGCACAUCAAAGCUCCCAGAGACGGGAUGUGGGAGCACAGCGAUGGAUGAGGAGGGCAAACCUCCCCUGGAGACCAUCCCUUCUGGGCUUGUGUCCUCUGAGGAAGCUGACCUGGACCACGCAGCCUGGAUCAAAAUGAGGACUUAAUCUGGUAGCCUUAUCCAUGCAGGUAUCACAGCUUCAUAUUGAUGAAGUGUGCCUAGUGUUGCUCAGUCCCUUUUCUUCUCUAGGUAGAUGAUCUCUGAAAGCUUCAGAAAAUCAGCUGAUGUCCCUUUUCUGGGGCAAAAAGAUGGAAUGAAAAUCCCUGGAAGGCUUUCCCAUUACUUCAGUAAUGGGAAAGGCAGAGCCCUGAAAAUUUUGUUUGGGAGCCACUGGUGACUCUGAAAGUAUAAAUUUCCAAAUACCCCUUUACAACAAAUAGCCAAAAGGAGCAAUAUUGUGAAGACAAUUAAGAAAGAGUUCUUUGAAACUGAUAAGGCCCUAACACAGUUUCUGCUAUUGCUAAAAUGUUUCUUAAUUUUGCAGGGCUUGAGUUAACAACUUAAGAGCCUUUUAUCAGAUCCGUUCACUGUCAUUUCAUCAUAUGCAAACUUUUUUCUUGUAGCACAGUGUGCUGUGAGCUAGCAUCCUAAAUCCCUGGCUUCCAUCAAAAGCCCCUUCAGCUAAGCGCAGUGCAAAUCCAAAGAAGCAAUUCCUGAGCAACUCAAUAGCAAAGAUAUACAGAUAGUAGGGAAGGGAUCAGUGGUGCACAAUAAAACCAACUGCCUUGCUCAGCCCAUGUAGCAGAGCUGGAACUGGAUGUCAAUCUACACUGGGCUCCUUGCACAGAAGUCCAUGGUUUUCCAAGAGUCACUUUGAUGGUUUCUACAAGAGCUCCUGAACAAAAUGAAUGGGAUAUGCAAGGCUUGAUCUGCAUCAGUCCUUGAAAGUCCUGCCCAAUGCUCAAAAGCAGAAGGAUGCACUUGGAAGAGCAUCCUCCUAUAGUUAGGAGUAGGCAGAAGUUUGAGCUCGGCUGUGGAAGAUGCAUUUUUAUUAUUAGCUCAGGCUGUGGCUGCUCUGAGCACUCUCAACUAACAGCUUUGAAGCUGAUCUGGCAUAGACAGUAUGUCUGGCUGCAUCCUCAGGGAGCUGACUAAAAGCUUGCUUAAAAGGCUACUGUUGUGCUUUAUUUUGUUCCUAGCUUGCUCCUACUGGAAGCGAUGGGAAUUCAUCAUUGAUUUCUCAUAGCAGA